CACUUUGCUGAGAGACUGCACGCCAGGCACGAGGCUCCCUACUCCUCCCCUCUACCACUCUGUCUUUUACUGGGCUCUUGUCCAGAGAAUGACUGGCCCCAGCGGACCUGAGAGGAGGAUCACACGCUGAAGACACAGAGCAGCAGCUCUUUACUCUGCAGACUGGGAUUUUACAAAUCAGCAGCUCAAACACUUAUAUGGGAUUCAGAGACUGGCUUGAAAUUUUUCCACUUUUUUUGUUUUGUUUUGUUUUUUGUUUUUUUCUUCAUCAGAUCAUAAACAGUGGAGCAAACGCUGCACUUGCUGACAGCUAAAAAAAAAAAGCAAAAAAAAAAAAAAGCAGACGGAUUGACAUAUGGACAGAGAGCAGUGAGCACUGCGGCGUGAAUGUAGCAACUGGACUUCUCUUCUCUCUGGUUGCUAAGACCAAACAAGGAUAAUAGCCAAAGCACUAUCCUUUCCACCAAAGGUAGUGGGUGGAUGCAGCUUUCAGCAGGCUGCUAUAGGGGAGAGCAGUCACUGCAUAGAGGCUGCCUGUAUAGCUGAUCGACAGAGUGGUGAUUCUGAGAAAAUGCUCUGCUACCUUCAACUACAUUCUUCUUGAAGACUGAGGACUAUCUGCUGUGUUUAGUGGAUAUAUAUACAAAUACCUGUGGAGUUUCAACAUUAUUUUGGACUUUGCUGCUCAUGCUGAGUGGACGCAAGGCUUUUUAACCUAAUGCCUAUAAAAUGCUUAUCUUAGAGAUCAUGGCAGGAUGGUUAAGGUCUGUAAAUCUGUCACUGAUGCUGCUGUGUCUUAUUCUGCUGGGAAUGGCUCACACUAAACACAGCAUAUACCCAAGGAUACGACUCUCCCACAAAGAGCUUUGGCAGACGAACAGGACCUGGAUCUUCCAGGGACGUGGAAUGCCUCUUCAGCCCCAGACCAUGUUGUUGGACGAGAGCCACCAAAGGCUUUAUGUUGGUGCCAAGAAUGCUUUGUUCUCCCUCAACUUGGACAGAGUGAAUGCUCACUACAGACAGAUUAACUGGGCGAGUACUGAAUUUCAGAUAGAGGAGUGCAUGAUGAAGGGAAGGGAAAAGCCUGAAUGUGCAAACUACAUUAAAGUCCUGCAAAAAUACAACCAGACUCAUUUGCUGGUCUGUGGAACAGGAGCCUUUAAUCCCAUCUGUGCCUUGGUCAAAGUGGGACACAAAGGGCAGGAAACAACGUUUGCUGUUGAAGAGGAGAGUGUUACAAGUGGGAAGGGACGCUGUCCAUUUGACCCCAACAGUUCUUGCAUGUCAACACUUCGCAGAGGAGAGCUCUAUAUUGGCCUGUAUACCGACUACUGGGAGAACGAUGGUGCUUUGUGUCGACUUAACAACCACACCUACACGCGCACCGAAAGAAACGACAGGCAGCAGCUCAACGAGCCCAAGUUUGUGGGGUCAGCAGUUAUCCCUGACAACGAUGACAGAGAUGAUGAUAAAGUUUACUUCUUCUUCACUGAGCGGGAGACUGAUGGAGAAGGAGUGAACCGGGGAAUCCUGACCCGCAUUGGGCGUGUGUGUGCGAAUGACCAAGGAGGACAGCGAAUGCUGGUAAACAGAUGGAGCUCUUUCCUGAAAACUCGCCUCAUCUGUUCUGUGCCUGGACCAAAUGGCAUUGAUACACACUUUGAUGAUCUUGAGGAUGUGUUUGUGCUCACAAAGAAAGAUGAAAAAAACCCAGAAAUAUUUGGCCUCUUUAGCACAACAAGUGCCGUGUUUAAGGGCUAUGCUGUGUGUAUGUAUCAUAUGGAAGACAUAAGGGCAGCCUUCAACGGACCAUUUGCAUACCGAGAGAAACUUGAGCAUCACUGGACACCAUAUGAAGGCAGAGUCCCGUACCCUCGACCUGGAUCUUGUGCCAGUAAAGUGAAUGGUGGAGGUUUCUCCAGCUCAAAGGAGUUUCCCGAUGAGGUUCUGCGGUUCGUGCGCUCUCAUCCUGUGAUGUAUCGUCCCGUCCUUCCACAUCACCACAGACCUAUUCUCCUGCAGUCAGAGCCAGGCAGAAGAAAGCUGACCCAGAUUGCAGUCGACAAAGUCCAAGCACAGGAUGGACACUACCAUGUUCUCUACAUUGGCACUGAUGACUCUGUGGUUUUGAAAGUUAUCACAAUCUACAACAAAGACACAGACACAGUAGAGGAGGUGCUGCUGGAGGAGCUGCACAUUUUCAAGGUCCCAGCUCCAAUCAAAGAGAUCAUAAUAUCACCCAAAAGGCAACAGCUGUAUGUCGGGUCAGAAGUCGGUGUUGCACAAGUCAGACUACAUCAGUGUGACCUCUACGGUUCAGCAUGUGCUGACUGCUGUCUGGCUAGAGACCCAUAUUGUGCCUGGGAUGGUCUCACCUGCUCCAGAUAUUACCCAGCUGGAGUUUACACCAAGAGCAGACGAUUCAGGCGACAGGAUGUUCGCCAUGGCAACGCCGUACAGCUGUGCAAUGGACUGCAAAUUGAUGAUGAACAGUGGCAGAGGGCUGAGGAGAAGCUAAUGUACAGCAUUGAGAGCAACACCACUUUACUGGAAUGUGUCCCUCGAUCACUUCAAGCUAAGGUCCUCUGGUUCUUGGAGAAAGGAGGGGAAAAACAUGAGGUACGAGGUGAUGAACGGGUCAUCGUGACGUCUCACGGGCUUCUGUUCUUACACGUGAGGAGCUCUGACGCUGGCAUGUACGUGUGUCAGACUGUGGAACACGGAUAUGUGCACACGUUACUGCGGGUCAACAUGCAUGUGCUCCGAGAAGAGAUUCUUCAGACGGCAAUGCACAAGCCUAACGACGGAGACGGAGCUUCAGCUCAAUGCCACUCUAUCCUACUCCCUGCACCUGCCCCCAGCGUCAACCCUCGAUCUCUGCAACCACCCUCAGUCCCAGCAUCCAAUUCCAGGCUCUGGUAUAAGGAGUUCCUCCAGCUAAUUGGUUACGGUGAUGCUCAGAAAGUGGAGGAAUACUGCGAGAGAGUGUGGUGCUCUGAUAAGAAACGCAAAAAGACCAAAAGGAAGUAUGUUUCUUUAGGUGGUGAGAAGAAAGGAAAAGGAAGGGGAGAGGAGAACUCCCACCGAGCUCCCAGGCACACUUUUGACACCUGAGGACAACAAAGACUCACUACACAUAAACACACACACACACACACACACUGUGUAAAGUUCAUACGCUGUGUUUGCAACAUCUAAGAAGUAUACGCUGUACGUUCAACAAGAGCUGCAAGAGAUAGACUAGCAGGUUGCCUUACAAUUGUAGCUGCAUUUACCACUGAGGUCUUUUAUGCUUCAUUUAAAAGUCACAUCUUAUCUUUUUCUGUGAUGUAACCCUAUUAUUUACUGUAGACCACAGAGGAACACACACAGACAUCACCAUUAGCACAGAAAAGAGACUCUCAUGAGAAAAGAUGGACAAAAUUGUGUAAAGUUUCCUCUGAUCGGUGAGACACGCCAUGUAGGCUGAUCAAUCAGGACCCUGCAAGACUGCUUCUUUAAAUCUCAGCCUUUCUCAGCACUUCACUGAGUGGCAGUAAUGACAUUUUCUGUAAAAUAUGAGAAAAGGAAUUAUAAUGUCAGACAUAAUUUUUAGUUGCAUGGUAAAUUAUUUUCUUUAUUUUUACACUGAGCUAUUUUGAUGUAAUAAUGUCAAAAACUGGAAGAUAGAUUGUUGUUCUGCUUGUAUGGUCAUAACGCUAUGAAUUGAUAGGGUGAGACCGUAAGCAGUAUGUGUGGUUAUAAUGUUCACUAGAAUACACAGUUUAACAAGAUGUUUACAUACAUAGUAUAAGAAAGACACACAAACCUUUUCCAUUGUAUACUUGUCUGACAUUAAAUCAGUUUAAACUUU